AUGAGUAGAAAGGAGGGUGGCGCAGACACCAAACGUACCGUCGCUCACUUCAAGAAGCUCGUCACGAGCCGCACAGAUCCUUCUAUGCAGGACCAUCGCGAUAUAUACGCCGUCUUCGAGAGUUACGUGAAGCCCAACAAGGAACUGGUCGCGAAGAAUAUACCACCGGUAGAGGUGUAUAUGUACGCCAUCAAAGACAUACUUCACCCGGAAGUUGACUACGAGGCCCUGCCUUCGCUGCUUGACCUGCUCUCGUCGCUGGAAGCCUUGCGUAAAUUCGCGCUAGACCAUGCGAAGAAGAUGCUCGUCUGGCAUGAUUACUACAAGAAAAUCGGCCAGCGCGAAGCACAAUACUCGAAAGAAGACCUCGCGCGAUUACGCAGCAUAACGAAGCCUGACACUGAGAAGACACUGCGCGAACUGUACAUGUACUUGAUUUGCACUUGCUGUCAGGCGAUUGUAUACAGAACAUGGACGUCUGCGAAGAAAGGCUCGGAUGUCGUGGCGGACACCCUCGUGCAGCUCAACACGCUCUUUCCUGAGCUUAACGCGGACUACCGAGCUUCGUCACCUCGUCUCUUCCUUGCAGACAUGUCUGAGGAGGAACGCAGGAAAGUCGAAGAGUGCGGCGCUGAUGCUUAUGACUGGAUACGAGAAUCUAUAGCCUGGCUGCAAGCACGAGUAGGCGACCAACCGACUGACGCAGACGUAUCCCGUUGGUUGACCAGUGCAGAAUUUGCAGCUGAGUACGAACCACCUAUCACUGACGAAAAACUGGUCGGGCACGUUGAGGAGUACAUGGCCGAUGUUCAGCACAUAGUUGACCCUCGCAGAACCGCCCAUUGUUCACCCGAUGGGGCAAAGCCUGCAAGCCUCGAGGCCGUCAUGCCAUGGCCACUAUUUGCGUGCGUUUGGUCAGCCCUGCAGUCACAGGGCGAUGCUCGCGCGCACGUGCAUUCCCUCUCUUUGUCUCCCACCUUCAUCAGCAUUUCCGCUGUCGUCGUCCGACAGCUCGAUUUUUGUCUUCCCGAAAUGUCCCAGGCCCCCUCUGCUCGCUUCAUGGGCAUGCCUCGCGACAAGGCCCCAGCCGUGAACAAGCUGAAGCGAAAACAUUCCGUGGAACAGCUUGCUCCUGUCAAGGUUCCCAAGCUCAAGGAUUAUUACAGCGUCAAGGACGUGAGUGGCUCUGCACCCUCGCACGACGAUGACCAAUGCCACUCGCAGGACCCCACGCAGCAAAGAGCUGAUGACCUGGAUUGCGGCUAUGCUAUCCUGCCCGUUUUCAGAUGGGGAGGAUUGAGCUGGUGGGAGGAGGAAGCCCGAGAGUACAAGGAGAAAGAAAGGAAGCGCAAGGAGAGACGCCUGCUCCAGCCGUCCAAGUCGUUUCAGCAGAUCAUGAAGCAGGAUCGGAGCAUGAACGUGAGGCUUGCAGCGGAGGUCCGUGUCACGUCGAAGGGCUCUGGGGCGAAGCGCACCCUCGCGCGCACCGCGUCCAUCAAUGCGAUCGCGCAGCUCGGCGUCCCCGUCCAGACCACCCUCCCUGUUCCCAGGCAGCGCAGCGCCGAACUCCCGGCCUACAUUCUCGCAGUCGACGACAAUGUUCUCGCCUCGAUCUUCGACUACGUGAUCAGCGACAGCAGAGUCGACGACAUGGACGCCACCGACGUUCACAAGAACCCCCGCUGGAUCAUCCAGCACGUAUGCAGCCGCUUCCGCAAUGUCAUGCUCGCCAACCCCGCGUUCUUCACCCACGUGAGGAUCACGUACGAGAUGGCCCAGCAGCGCGCCGGCCUCCUCGAGUACUACCUCGCCCUCUCGCAGGACCUGCCCCUCGAUGUGUGCAUGGCAGGUGCAGAGGACUACGUGCUGGUCUCUGGGUUCCCGAUAAAGCAAGAGAUGCGCUUCGACUACACCACCUCGAAGACGCGCUUCAAGUCGGUCGCCCUCGUCUGGGCCGAAGCGCACCGCUGGCGCAGCCUCGAGGUAUACCAGGACGAGUGCGUGCCUGCCGACGGCCCCCUCCCGACCCGCUUCCCCCUCCUCGAGCGCAUUCACAUCCGCAACAACGCUGGCUUCCCCGUCUAUGUGCACGCCCCCGAGCUCGAUGAAGAGUCGCAGUACGGUCGCCCCGCGUCUAUACAAGACAACCUCCCUCCCUACCACUUGCCAUGGGGGCUCAAAUGGCGUACGGAAGCCCAUUGGAAAAUGGCCGGCGGUCGGAAAGCCACACUUGCGGACUGGUGCGAGGGUAAGCGAUGGACCUGCCCAAAAGGAAAGGAGGGCCCGUUGCCCAAUAUUGAUAGGAUGCCACCUGAGGCUGAGUUUUAUAGCUACUGA